ACAUAUGGUUUAAUGGGACAAGGAGGAGUAGAGGUGCCCCUAGCUGAGGCAGAAAAAACUAUGGAUCUUGAUAUACUUUUAGACUUUAAGCUGAUUUUCAACAAUCAUAUUUUUCAGACUGUUAGAAAAGCAAACAGAAUGGUUAGUUUGCUAAAAUGUAAUUUCAAAAAUGCACCUAUAGCAGCUUUUUUGCUUCUUUAUAAAUCUAUGGUAAGGUCAAUUCUGGAGUAUGGUGUGGUUGCAUGGUACUCAUUUAGAAAAUACCAUAUUCAGCACUUAAAAAGGGUUCCGAAACGAGCAUCCAAAGUACCAUUCCAAUGCAGAGGAUUAUAA